AUGGUAACUGAAGCUGAACUUAAAGGCGAAGAUAUUUCACCAUCAAAGGAUGGAGGUGUUCUUAAAGAAAUAAUCAAAGAAGGUUAUGGUGAUGAAAAACCAGUAACAAAUGAUAAAGUAUUUGUGCAUUAUGUUGGUACAUUACUUGAUGGAACUAAAUUUGAUAGUAGUCGAGAUCGAAAUCAAAAAUUUGAAUUCGAACUUGGUAAAGGUACAGUUAUUAAAGCAUGGGAUAUUGGUGUAGCAACAAUGAAACGUGGAGAAAUAUGUCGUUUAAUAUGUAAACCUGAAUAUGCCUAUGGCGAACAGGGUUCAGGAGAUAAAAUUGGAUCAAAUGCAACAUUAAUUUUUGAAAUUGAGCUUUUUGAUUUUAUCGGUGAUGAUAUAAGUGAAGGAAAAGAUCAAAGUAUUAUACGACGAAUAUUGACAAGAGGCGAAGGAUGGGCUAAACCAAGUGAUGAUAGCGUUGUUGAAAUAUCUCUUAAAGGUAUCCAUGAAAAUCGAGUAUUCGAUGAACGAAAAGUUAAAUUUACAGUUGGCGAAGGUUUCUUAAAAAAUAUUCCUGACGGUCUUGAAUAUGCUGUAACACGAAUGACAAAAGGUGAACAUAGUCAAUUAAAAUUAAAAUCAAAAGCAAUAUUUGGUCUUGAAAAAUUUAAUAUUCCAAAAAAUGCUCAUGUAGAAUAUAUAGUUACAUUGCAUGAUUUUGAAAAAGGUGUAGAUAAAUGGUCAAUAAAUGAUGCAGAAAAACUUGAACAAUCAGAAAAAUUAAAAAAACGUGCUGCUGAAUUAAUUAAAGAUGGUCAUUAUCGUGUUGCUUGUAAAAAAUAUAAAACUAUUGCUGAAUAUCUUAAAUCACCAAAUUAUGAAGAUGAAAAAGAUAAAAAUAAAGCUCAUAUGUUAAAAUUAACAACACAAACAAAUAUGGCUUUAUGUCAUUUGAAAUUAGGUGAACAUGCUCAAUGUAUUCGUGCUUGUGAUGCAGCACUUGAAUUAGAUCCUAAAAAUGAAAAAUCAUUUUUUCGUCGAGGACAAAGUCAAAUGUCUAUGUCAAGUUUUGAAGAAGCUAUAAAAGAUUUCGAAGAAGUUCUUAAAUUAAAUCCAUUAAAUGAUGUAGCAAAACAACAUAUUGAAACAUGUCAAGAAAAAUUAAAAGCUUAUCAUCAAACAGAAAAACAAUUAUAUGCUAAAAUGUUUGCUAAAAUGUCUAAAGAGAAUGAAAAAACUAAUAUUCAAAGUACGAACGGUGAAACUAAAACAAAUGAACAAAAUAAAAAUGAAACUACAUCUUCGAAUUAA